AUGACUUUAGGUCAAACGACGAUAAAUUUGCCAUGGGUGGAAAAGUAUCGACCCUCAAAACUAGAGGAUUUGGUUUCCCAUGAUGAUAUAAUAAAAACAAUCAACCAGUUUAUGAAGGAGAAUCAGCUGCCGCACCUAUUGUUCUAUGGGCCACCUGGUACAGGCAAAACAUCAACAAUACUUGCAUGUGCUAAACAGAUGUACACUCCACAGCAAUUUAAUUCAAUGGUUUUGGAGUUAAAUGCAUCAGAUGAUAGGGGUAUUGGAAUAGUAAGAGGUCAAAUACUAAGUUUUGCUUCGACAAGAACUAUAUUUAAAGCUGGUCCUAAACUAAUUAUCCUUGAUGAGGCAGAUGCCAUGACAAAUGAUGCCCAGAAUGCCCUGCGAAGAAUUAUCGAGAAGUAUACAGAGAAUGUGAGAUUCUGUAUAAUCUGUAAUUACUUGGGGAAGAUAAUACCGGCGCUACAGUCGAGGUGUACACGCUUCCGUUUCGCCCCGCUUCAUCAGAACCAGAUUGUACCACGGCUGCAGGAUAUUAUACAGAAAGAGGGCGUCAAAGCAUCAGAUGACGGGAUAAAAGCGCUACUAACGCUCUCUGGCGGGGACAUGCGUAAAGUCCUAAACACACUACAGAGUACAUGGCUUGCAUAUCGUGACGUCACAGAGGACAACGUAUACACUUGCGUUGGACACCCGCUUCGCUCCGACAUCAAUAACAUUCUAAAUUGGCUGCUCAAUGAAAACGACUUUGCUGCUUCGUUUAAAUAUAUUCAAGACUUAAAAAUAGCCAAAGGCCUGGCUUUGGGCGACAUUUUAACAGAGAUACACAAAAUUAUUCAAAGACUAAAACUACCGCCAGACGUCUUAAUUUCCCUCCUGAUAAAAAUGGCGGAUUCAGAAGCAAGACUUGCAAGUGGUUGUAGUGAGAAAAUAGAGCUCGCUGCCCUCAUUGCUGCUUUUCAGCAAGCGCGGGAGCAGGUCAAAAUCGACGACAUAAAUGUGUAA